GAUAAAGGGUUUGGGAAUUCAGAUGCAAAUUGCAGAACAUUUUGUCCUGGUGUUCGCCUGAGGGCGUUUGCCAGUGAAUGGACUCUUGACCACACGCUAUGCUAUGAGACCUGGUUAAUUUGUCUUUCGAAGCCAGCUGUGAUGGAACCACCAAAUGGAGCUGAUGAGCAGCACGAACUGCAGAGCAAGGCAGAACAAUCUCAGAAAGAUUCUGCGAGGAGGACUCCAGAGCAUAACUGGGUGGCUUGGUGGAGCGGAGGAAUUGCGUAUCUGUUCGCCCUGUCACAGAUAUUGGUUAUCUCCCUUAUGUUUUGGUAUGGUGGCUGUGAAACAAUCCCAGAGUUUCUGAAGGUUUUUGAGAUUUUGUCCGAUUUCCUUACUUCGCCUGGACAAUUGUUCACAGAUUCUGAAAAGGACCUGAAAAGAGAUGGGGGUAUCAUAGUGCCUUGCUUCCUGCUGUGUUUGGUUUCCUUUGGCUUGGUACUCCUAGGAAUAUUGAUUUGGUAUCUGCUGAAGACACCUCCAGAUCCCCCAUUUCCCCUCCAAGAGGACCGACGACAGUCUGUAAGCCGCCAGCCUUCAUUCACCUAUUCCGAGUGGACAGAGGACAAAACUGAAGAUGAAUUCCUCGAUCUGGACCCCGUGCCAGAGACACCGGUAUUUGACUGUGUGAUGGAUAUGAAAGUAGAGACAGAUCCAGCAACCCUAACAGUUAAAUCUGUGGGACUGCAAGAAAGGAGGGGCUCAAAUGUUUCACUCACAUUGGACAUGUGCACUCCAGGCUGUUCCGAGCAAGAGUUUGGCUAUAUUAUGUCGCCAAAGGAAGAGUCAGCUCGAGAAUACCUCCAGACAGCAUCAAACGUUCUCACUGAGGAGGAGCUACACCAGAAAGCAUUGGAUUCUUUUGUACUCCAGACAGAGUUUUUUGAAAUUCCGAUGAACUUUGUUGAUCCAAAGGAAUAUGAUAUUCCAGGUUUGGUCCGAAAGAAUCGCUACAAAACAAUUCUCCCAAAUCCUCACAGCAGAGUGUGCCUUACCUCAGAUGAUCAAGAUGAUCCCCUGAGUUCUUACAUCAAUGCCAACUACAUCAGGGGCUAUAGAGGAGAAGAAAAGGUGUACAUUGCUACUCAGGGACCCAUAGUUAAUACUGUCAGUGAUUUCUGGAGAAUGGUGUGGCAGGAGCGUUCUCCAAUUAUUGUCAUGAUUACCAAUAUAGAAGAGAUGAAUGAGGUAAUGCUGAGUCUCUGCUCUUUAUCCCAUGUUGUAAUUGAUGUUUCCACAGUGGAUGCCUGAGCCAUGGGAAAUGAUUGAAUAAAAUAUGGUUCCAUUCAUGAAGCUAGUUUGCUUUGUAAAUUACCUCAGUAGUCAUGGUUUGGAGUGCUUUAAAAAGGCGUGAUGAGCAAAACAUCAGCACACAUGUAAACCCCAUCCCAACAUUGAAGAAGGUGAAUAAUAAAUUUGUUACUUGUUUGUUGUGAGAUUGGAAUGACUUUCCCAAAGGCAAUGGAUGCUGUGUUUUCCCAG